AUGGCACGCACAUCGUCGCGAGCCAAGGCGACAGUCAACUACAACGAAGAAACAGAUGGUAUCAAGGCCAAGGGUGCUACGAUGAAAGCUGCUUCCAAGGUCAAAGCUACAGCCGCGAAACAAAUCAAUGACAAACGCAAGAUUGGGGAAGAGGAAGAUGAAGACGUGAAGGUCGAGGUGCUUGAGGCAGAUGAGGAAAAGAAGAAAAAGCGCGCUGCGAAGCCCGAACCCAAGAAGCGCAAGACCAAGGCGUCAAAGGAGGAAGACGCCUCGCCUCUCGCGGUGCGGACACCCAUUCCGUCCCUGGAGAAGGCCAUGUACAUUGGCGCCCAUGUCAGCGUGCAGAAUGCAGUUACCAACGCAGUCCAAAUCGGCGCCAACUCGUUCGCGCUGUUCCUCAAGUCGCAACGGAAAUGGGACAACCCGCCACUGGCACCCGAUGCACGCGAUGGUUUCAUCUCCGGGUGCCGGCACAGCGCAUACGACGCGGCGGCACAUGCCCUCCCCCACGGAUCCUAUCUCGUCAAUCUCGCCCAGGCGGAUGAGGCCAAGGCCAAUCAGGCCUACAAAGCCUUUGUGGACGACCUGGCUAGAUGUGAGGAGCUGGGCAUCAAGCUGUACAACUUCCACCCUGGUAACACGGGUGGUGAUACGAAGAAGGAGGCCUGUGGACGCAUUGCGGCGCAGCUGAACAAAUCUCACAAGGCGACAAAGUCCGUCGUGACCGUGCUUGAGAACAUGGCAGGGGGUGGGAAUGUUGUCGGCUCUACUUGGGAGGAUCUCAGGGACAUUAUCGCCCUGGUCGAGGACAAGAGCCGGGUCGGCGUGUGCAUUGAUACGUGUCAUGCUUUUGCGGCGGGCUACGACUUGCGCACACCGGAGACUUUUGAGAAGACCGUGGAGUCAUUCAAUGAGAUUGUCGGGGCAAAGUACCUCAAAGCCUUCCACUUGAAUGACAGCAAGGCCCCCUUUGAAUCCCAUCGCGACCUUCACGCCAACAUUGGCACGGGAUUCCUCGGUCUUCGCGCUUUCCACAGCGUCAUGAACCACGAUGAAUUCCGUGGGGUGCCCAUGGUUCUCGAAACACCGAUCGAUAAGAAGGAUGAGAAGGGCAAGACCGUGGAGGACAAGCAAGUCUGGGCUGACGAGAUUAAGCUCUUGGAAAGCCUUAUAGGCAUGGAUCCCGAAAGCGACGAGUUCAAGAAGCUCGAAAUAGAGCUACAAGCCAACGGGAAGAGCGAACGAGACAAGAUCCAGGAGCAAGUAGAUAAGAAAGUGGCCAAAGACGCAAAGAAGGGCACCAAAGGCAAGAAGAAGAAGAGGGCAGCGGCGUCAGACGACGAGAGCGAUUAG